AUCUUCAAAUUAUAAUUCAAAUUCAAAUAUAUCAUUUCACUCUUCAUUUCCUUCAUCGUUCUUCUUGCUGCAAACUACAAUAUAAUUGGUUUUAAUUUUCUUUACAAGAUCCAUGGGCAAGGAAAAGGUUCACAUCAACAUAGUGGUCAUCGGACAUGUCGAUUCCGGCAAGUCCACCACCACCGGACAUCUCAUAUACAAGCUCGGAGGCAUCGACAAGCGUGUGAUCGAGAGGUUCGAGAAGGAAGCGGCGGAGAUGAACAAGAGGUCGUUCAAAUAUGCAUGGGUGCUCGACAAGCUCAAGGCGGAGCGCGAGCGCGGUAUCACCAUUGAUAUCGCCUUGUGGAAAUUCGAGACCACGAAAUAUUACUGCACUGUUAUUGAUGCACCGGGACAUCGUGAUUUUAUUAAGAAUAUGAUCACCGGUACUUCUCAGGCUGAUUGUGCUGUUCUUAUUAUUGAUUCGACCACCGGUGGUUUUGAAGCUGGUAUUUCUAAGGACGGUCAGACUCGUGAGCAUGCUCUUCUCGCUUUUACUCUCGGUGUUAGGCAAAUGAUUUGCUGCUGCAACAAGAUGGAUGCUACUACUCCCAAGUACUCUAAGGGCAGGUAUGAAGAAAUUGUUAAGGAAGUCUCCUCAUACCUCAAGAAAGUUGGAUACAAUCCAGAGAAGAUCCCUUUUGUGCCCAUCUCCGGGUUCGAAGGCGACAAUAUGAUCGAGAGGUCCACGAAUCUCGACUGGUACAAGGGUCCAACUCUCCUCGAAGCUCUCGACAUGAUCAAUGAGCCGAAGAGGCCAACAGACAAGCCUCUCCGUCUCCCACUUCAGGACGUUUACAAGAUCGGUGGUAUCGGAACUGUCCCCGUAGGUCGUGUCGAGACUGGUAUCCUCAAACCGGGUAUGGUUGUGACUUUCGCACCCAGUGGAUUGACAGCUGAAGUUAAGUCGGUCGAGAUGCACCACGAGGCUCUCCAGGAGGCUCUCCCGGGUGACAAUGUGGGGUUCAAUGUGAAGAAUGUUGCUGUGAAGGAUCUUAAGAGGGGUUAUGUUGCAUCAAACUCUAAAGAUGAUCCUGCAAAGGAAGCUGCAAACUUCACAUCUCAGGUUAUUAUCAUGAACCACCCUGGUCAGAUUGGGAAUGGAUAUGCUCCGGUUCUUGAUUGCCACACCUCUCACAUUGCUGUCAAAUUUGCUGAGAUUUUGACCAAGAUUGAUCGCCGAUCCGGUAAGGAGCUCGAGAAGGAGCCUAAGUUUUUGAAGAAUGGCGAUGCAGGGAUAAUUAAGAUGGUCCCAACCAAGCCCAUGGUUGUGGAGACAUUCGCAGAUUACUCUCCAUUGGGUCGUUUUGCUGUUAGGGACAUGCGCCAGACGGUUGCAGUUGGUGUUAUCAAAAGUGUUGAGAAAAAGGAUCCUACUGGAGCUAAGGUCACCAAAUCUGCUGCUAAGAAAGGGGGAAAAUGAGAUGUGAAGUUGGUAAAACAGAGUCUUGAAAGUGGUUUAUGUCUAGUUAUUAUUGAUUAUAUUGGUGUUAUGUUUUCUUUGAAGUGUUCAAUUACUAGUGGUAAUUUUUGUUUGUGUGUACAUGGUCUAGUUGCUGCCCACAUUUAGGCCUUGCACUGCCUGUGGGUUAGCAGUUCUGUUAUAAGUAGGUCUUGGUAUAUACUUGAGAUUUGCUUUCGUAUGCCUCCACCUUGUGGUUCUACAAUUUAUAUUAUGUUAGUGAAAGAAUCAGAAUUUUUA